UGUGACGAAGUAGAUGAAACUGACAUCGACUUUCAGAUCAAUCUUUCAUUAUCUCUAAAUACAUGAAAACCAAAGAAAAGGGGAAGUCCCUGAAAUGACACAGCUUCGCAUGCGCGAAACUCUGUACACCAGUCUUCGCGUAUAUGACAUUUGACUAUUAACGAAAAGCUGUGCGUGUCAUUUAAGUUAGUCGUUUCUUUGUUUAAUCAUUGUUUUUUUUCUGCACUAGUCGCAAACGUUUCGUCUUGCGAUUGUAGAAGACGUUUAGAACAUCAUCGGACAUAACCAGACUCUCGAACUGAGUGACCUGCGGAUCUAGCGCGAUUACGACACAAGUCAAGUAUUGUGUUUGUCCUUCGGCCGCGAUUCUUGCAAAACGCUGUUUGGGUUGCGUUUCUAUUUGGGACUAGACUAUUUCCGGUAACCAUGAGUGUCAUCCGAUGGUCGAUUCGUCUGCUGCUCUUCUUGGCGCUGAUUUAUGGGCAAAGUCUUAACGUUUGUGCAGCCACUUUGUGCAGUCCACCAUGUUUGCUGGUAGCAAACACAUCAGAUAUUGUCACCAUGGAUUAUAACACUGGCGCCCUAAGUUCAGUUGUUUCAGGUUUAUCAAGAGCUGUUGCUAUAGACGUUCAUUUCAGCUUGGGUUACAUAUUCUGGAGUGAUGUAACAGAUUUAAACAUCAAACGUUUCCGCAUUAGCUUUGCAAGCACGACAACAAUUAUCACAGGCAUCGGUGUUUGCGAUGGACUGGCGGUGGACUGGAGGGCAUCACAGCUGUACUGGACUGAUACGACCAAAGAUACCAUAUCAGUAUCAGACCUAGAUGGCAAUAACCAACGUGUUCUAAUUUCUUCGGGCCUUGCGAAACCCAGAGCAAUAGCUCUGGACCUAGAUAACAGCUUAAUGUUCUGGACUGACUGGGGGAGCAAUAAAAAAAUCGAAAGAGCUUCGCUUAUUGGUAGCCAAAGAAACGCCAUCGUGACAGCUAAUCUCAACUGGCCUAAUGGUAUUGAGCUUGACAAAGGAAAUAAGCGUAUCUUUUGGGUGGAUGCAGGAAAUGAUAGAGUGGAGUCCGUCGAUUACAAUGGCAGCAAUAGGAAGCUGCUUUAUCAACUCAGUGGUUUGCAUCCAUUUGGACUGGCACUCAUCCCACCUUUCUUGUUUUUUACCGAUUGGCUUACAGCUGAAGACAUCCAUCAGCUGGAUGCUGCCACUGGAAAAGUAAUCCGCAAGUACAGUGUCAACGGCGGGCAACCCAUGGGCAUUGUAGCGUACGAUGCUUCUCGGCAACCUGCAGCUUCUAAUCCUUGUGCUGUAAACAAUGGAGGAUGCAGCCAUUUCUGUGUAACAAAAUCAUCCGGUUAUGAAUGUGUUUGCCCAACUGGAAUAGCUGUGAAACAAGAUGGCAAGACAUGCGAAGACAAAGUCAAAAAGUUUAUUCUUUUUGCCGACGCUGAUGACAAAUCCACCCAAUUUGUUUCCUUGGACACGAACUAUUUCGCCUCCCAGACUUUGUUUUACCAUCUUGGGACCCAGCGCCCAAUCGCAUUGGACUAUGACCCUGUCGAAGAUCGAGUGUACUGGUCGGACAUUGCUCAAGGUCGAAUCAUCAGCGCGUUUUUCAAUGCCACGUCAGUGAAGAAUUUGUUUCGCUGCAAUGUUGAGACGCCAGACGGCUUAGCUAUUGACUACGUGGGAAGAAACAUUUAUUGGACAGAUACAGGAGCCAAUAGGAUUGAAGUAGGAUUGCUUGAUGGAACUGGGAGGAAACUGCUGAUCAAAGAUGGACUUGAUGAGCCAAGGGCCAUAGUACUUGAUGAGAGAAAUGGCAUAAUGUACUGGACAGACUGGGGCGCUAAUCCGAAGAUUGAACGGGCUGAGAUGGAUGGUUCAGCGAGACGAACCAUAGCAACGGGAAACCUCGGCUGGCCAAAUGGGCUCACUAUCGAUCAACCAACAAAUCGACUGUUUUGGGUUGAUGCUAAACUUGAUCAAAUUGAAGUAUCAGACCUCAAUGGAGGAAACAGACAGUUAAUAAUGUCAUCUGGGGCUAAUAUCCAUCCUUUCGGACUGGCUGUGUAUCAGGAUAUGCUAUACUGGACAGAUUGGAACACCAAGAGUAUUUCACGUGUAAACGUAAGCAAUGGGAACCAGGAAAUCGUAGUUAAUGGCCUCCAGAAGCCGAUGGACAUUCACGUAUUUAAUCCAACCUUGAUAUUUUCAGGUUCUCAUAAUUGUUCUCAGAACAAUGGACUCUGUAGCGAUUUCUGCCUUCUGAAGCCAGGAGGAUACCAGUGCGCAUGUCCGACGGGUAUUGCCCUGAAAUCUGAUGGGAAAACCUGUGACCAUGGUAUGUUCGACAAAACAAGCUCGGACAAAUUCAUAAUUUUUGCUGAAGCAGACACUGGAGAAAUUUACAAAGUACCUCUGGAAGUGCCCGAGAUCCCUUGCUAUCCUCUGGAAAUCAGCACAAACAUCUCAAGACCCGUGGCCGUUGAUUACGAUCCAGUCGAAGGAAAAAUUUAUUGGAGUGACGUGACAUUGGGAUUAGUGGCCAGAGCAUUUCCUAACGAGUCCUCUGUUGAAGUUAUUGCGUAUAAUAAUGUUAUUACCCCGGAAGGACUGGCAGUAGAUUAUGUUGGACGUAAUAUUUAUUGGACAGAUGAGGCAAAUAAUAGAAUUGAGGUCGCAAGGAUGGAUGGGUCAUCUAGAAGGAGUCUAGUCACAUCAAACAUCGAAAAGCCAAGAGCCAUACUGCUUGAUAUUGGAGAAAGAAAGAUGUAUUGGGGUGGCAGAGGAGUAUCGCUAAAAAUCGAACAAGCCAACAUGGACGGUUCUGCCAGGGCAACUCUUGUUAGUUUCGGACUUACGUGGGUGAACUCGCUCGCAAUGGAUUACCAAAGUAGACUCCUGUACUGGUGCGAUGGGUACCAUGAUAAAAUUGAGAGGGUGGACCUACAAGGAAAUAAUCGCGUGGUGAUACUAGAUUUAUCACUGGAUUCUAUGCACCCAUUCGGACUCGCACUAUAUGGUGACGUUCUCUUCUGGUCUGACUGGAAUAGUCGAAGUAUUCACGAGUACAACAUGACAACUUCUUUGAAGGAAGUCGUUGUUCACGGAAUGGGCCGACCAAUGGAAUUACAUAUUUAUGAUCAGUCCAAACUAUUUACUGGAUCCACUAGUUGUUCGCAGUUGAAUGGGGGCUGCAGUCACCUUUGCCUUCCAAAUCCUUCCGGUCAUCAGUGUUUUUGCCCUGAGGGAGUACAGUUGAAGCCUGGUGAUGCUUUUACAUGCGAAGGAGUGACUAGCUGUCCUCAAUUGACAGCCCCUCUUCAUGGAAGCUUAGCGCCGUGUAAUAGUUUCCCAGGGGACAACUGUCGGUUUUCCUGUGACAUUGGGUACGUCCUGAUUGGGUCAGCUACUCGCACAUGUGAUAGCAAUGGAGUAUGGAGUGGAACACAACCUCGGUGUAAUGCUGUUACGUGUCCAGCUCUACUAGCCCCACCCAAUGGCAUUCGUCAGAGCUGCACAGGAACAAGAUCAGAGGAUUACAACACUGUUUGUUUGUUUUCCUGCAAUGGUGGGUUUAAUGCAAUUGGUUCGCCAUCAAGAAGAUGUCUCGAUAACGGAACCUGGAGUGGCCAAGAUUUCCUUUGCCAAGCCGUUUCCUGUGUGCCUUUGAGCAUCCCUUCAAGGGCCAUUCUGUUGACUGUUUCCUGUGGUAAUACGUAUGGAUCCAGCUGUGUAUUUGGCUGUCAGAGUGGAUAUGGCAGUGUUGCCGGAAAUGUGACCAGAACAUGUUUGCGGACUGGACAAUGGAGUAGAAAUCCCAUCAAUUGCACAGACGUUCUUCCUCCAACAUUCGGUGUCACGUGUCCAACGAGCCCAUUGCUAGUGUUUGCAGAGCGUGGUAUGUUUUCAGCCCAAGUAAACUGGAACAGACCGAAUGCUACUGACAACUCAGGGGCCGCGCCGUCACUGUCGUCAAAUUACAAACCACCUCAACGAUUCAGUCAGGGAACCCACGUGAUCACAUACACUGCAGUGGACCAAUCAGGAAACAGGGCUACUUGUAUCUUCACUAUUAAAGUAAUAGUUAUCAAUUGUACGUCACUGACAGUCGAUUCAGGAGGUGCACUAAGGCUGAGCAGCUGCGGUAAUCAUUUUGGAGUACAGUGCAACUUUUCUUGCACGACUGGUUAUCAUCUGAAUGGUUCGUCAACUGUCACGUGUGUUGCCCCUGGCAAUAAACCUCCAGGAUAUUGGGACAAUCCUUUACCUAACUGUCAAGUAAUCACGUGUGGUCCACUCGUCCCUCCAACCGAUGAUGUUGUACGUGUAUCUCCAUCAUCGUGUCUGUUGAGCAGUCCGUAUGGCCAGACAUGCAUUUUCACUUGUCAAAGACCAGGAUAUGUCCUUGAAGGGACAUCUGUGCGAGUAUGUGGUAAUGACGGGCAGUGGACUGGGUCGAACAAUACAAAUUGUAGAGAUAUCCAGGCUCCCAGCAUUACAUGCCCACCUGAUAUGGACAAUAUUCCCACAGGGCCUGGCCAAUCAUAUGCAAGCGUAAAGUGGCAGGUACCAGUCCCCACCGACAACUCUAACGAGCGCCUGACUCUCAAUGGUUUGCGACCGCCACAAAAGCUGGAUGUUGGUAAAACGCACAUUACAUACAAAGUCACCGACUCAUCUGGUCUGAGUAGAAGCUGUGUGUUUUUUAUUGAUAUCAAAGAUCUAGAGCCCCCUAAGAUUGCAAACUGCCCUGAUGACAUUCACGAGACGUCUAAAAAGAAAUGGACCAAGAUCUUUUUUCCUGGAGUCACUGUCACAGAUAAUGUUGGCGUUCACUUAUUUACGACAAGCAGACCAAAUGGAAGCGACUUCACAUGGGGAGACCACAACGUGACUUAUUCUGCAUCAGAUAAAGCAGGAAAUACUGCCAAGUGCCUUUUUCAAGUCGUUAUUGUAGCUAAACCAUGUGACGAUUUACCAGCACCGCAAAAUGGAGCGAAAGCCUGUGACCAGUGGCUAAACAGCGGGAAGAUUUGCACGCUACAUUGCAAUGUGGGAUAUGACUUUGCCAACCAACCACCAGAGUUCUAUGCAUGCGGUGCUGAAGGGAAAUGGUUUCCGGGUGACACAGUGCCAGACUGCUCUAAAACACGCCAAGCAAAGACUUGGCUUACUUCAAAGCUUCAUUAUUUGGCUGACCGGUGCACAGAAGGAAUGCAUGCCAGGAUCGCCAGAAACUUCAUCGCGCUCUAUACAAAGUACUUGGGAACUAUAGGAGGUUGUGAUGGGGAUGUAGAAUGCACGAUUGAAAACGUCGAAGUAGAAUGCGGAGAACAUAGUGGAACUCUUCGCAGAAGGGACAUAGCCGAUAGCGAACAGGCUUCUAAAGUUCCUCUUACUGUGAGAUUCGCUGUAAAAGUCCCACUGCCAAGCAAUGCCUCCGUGGAUGAUCUAAACCAAACAACUCAACAGAUAUCAAGUGACAUCUUAGCGUCCCUGAACGAAACAGACUUAACUCUGAACGUUAGUGGAGUUGUUUUGGAAUAUGACGAAACAAGACCCCCGGUAGUACGCAUAGUUGGUCUUGUUUGUGACAAAGGGCAAGUUCUUAAAGGGACAAAAUGUGGUAAGACCUGAAUAUAAGCAAGCAUAACACUUGACUGUUUUCAUUUGAACAUGUUAUGAUAUACUGUUCUUGAUC